GCAUUGGCUGGAAUGGGUCCUCUCUGCAUUGCAUCAUUGGUCACUCUUUUUGUUGCAACAAGUGCUCGAAUUCCGGGUGUUUACACCGGUGGCUCAUGGCAGAGUGCCCAUGCCACUUUCUACGGUGGCAGUGAUGCCUCUGGAACAAUGGGUGGUGCAUGUGGAUAUGGGAAUUUGUAUAGUCAAGGGUAUGGUGUGAACAGUGCAGCACUGAGCACAGCACUUUUCAACAAUGGCUUGAGUUGUGGUGCAUGCUUCGAGAUCAAGUGUGACCAAGAUCCAACAUGGUGCAACCCUGGAAACCCUUACAUCACCAUCACCGCCACAAACUUUUGUCCUCCGAAUUUGGCUCUACCCAGUGACAAUGGUGGCUGGUGCAACCCACCACGCCCUCACUUUGAUCUCGCCAUGCCAAUGUUCCUCAAGAUCGCUCAGUACCGUGCAGGAAUCGUCCCCGUCAGUUACCGCCGGGUCCCAUGCCGAAAGAACGGUGGAAUCAGAUUCACAAUUAACGGUUUCCGUUACUUCAACUUGGUUUUGGUAACCAACGUUGCUGGUGCAGGGGAUAUCGUGCACGUUAGUGUGAAAGGAACCAAGACAGGGUGGAACAGCAUGAGCCGAAAUUGGGGGCAAAAUUGGCAAUCCAAUGCUGAUUUAAUGGGCCAGGCCCUUUCCUUUAGAGUCACCGGCAGUGACAGACGCACCUCAACCUCCAUGAACGUGGCAUCACCUAAUUGGCAGUUUGGUCAAACCUUCACGGGCAAGAAUUUCCGUGUCUAAAAAAAAAGUAAAAACAAAAUAAAAAAAGUUCUAUGGCUCUUUUGUAGUUUUGAAGUUCGGUUUAGUUUUCCCGCUUUCAACUUUCCUCUAUUUU